AUGGCUGUGAAGAAGAGUGGAGGGAAUGCAGGGGACAACUCGCCAUUGGGUUCGGGGGGAAGCAACGGACAAGGAGGACCUACAAAUAGUAGGUUUUCUGGUGGCGGCGGCGGCGGCUUCCACACAAAUGGACACGAUUCAAAAUGCUCAACGUAUUAUAGUGGGGGGAAAGGAGGUUUCGGAUAUCAUCAAGGGGGAGAGGGUGGAAGGUAUUGGGGUGGGUUUGGAGGUGGCGGUGGUUUUUGUCCAGGAGGGAAGGGACCGGGCGGAGGUGGAGGUUAUUCUGGGGGAAGUGGUGGGGCUAAUGAACAUAUUUCCUGUGGGGGAGGGGGAGGUUCUUUUAACAAUGGAACAAGUCAGUGUAAUGAAUGUUGCUAUAACAGCGCUAGUCAUGGCUGGGUAAACAUCACAUUUUUCCAAUGAAGAGCACAUGACGACACUUUUUUAACGUUUAGUGGUAAACUACUUUCGCUUAAACGUGUCCUUAAUGCAAAUACAGUUUCCAAUUUGCCAAUAAAUAAACAGGUAAAGAAUUUGCACUUGUUCGUAUUUUGCACAAAAAAAAAAUUGUUAAGUUGGUUCUCCAUAUUCAUAUACAUUUCAAUAACUGUAUUUCCUCGAAUGAGCAUCUGCCAGGCGCUUACUUAUAAUUUUGGCUAAAGGGAGGGGCGCUUAUCGAAAGAGGGAUGUUUAUUCGAGGGGGGGCGCUCGUAAGGAAUCUAUUAACCUGUACUAAUUCCACUGUAGCUGAAGCUUAAAAAGUUCUAUAUAAAGUGGCAAUAAAAAUUGAUUUUAUAGGCAAGGGAGCAGAUGCCAGGUCUGUCCCAAUUGUGCUCGCAAAAUGCUGAAAAGUUGUUCUCUGAAAUGUCAAAAAGUUGCUAAAAAAUUGCUUAUAUUAAUAAAGUUGCUACUUAAAUUUCUUGAAAUUUUGUUUGUAGACAGUAAUUAAAAGCUUUAUUUUUCGUUCUACACAAUAAUUUCUAACAUCCGAAAAGAAAUAUAGCUUGAAACUUAGCUUUAAGAAGUUACUUACAAAUAUGGGUGUAAUUUAAGAAUAAUCUGGAAAAUAAAGAAACGAAGAUGGAUUUUUUUGGGCUUCAUUUCAGCCAAUUAUCCGUUCUAAUUAU